UCUAUGUUGAAUUGACUCCUAAAUUGGACCGUUGGAAACCCGCCCUCUACUUCAAACUCCAAAGGCUAUUUCCAUUAAACCCCUCUUCAAAUUGUUCAUGUUUCCAUUCUCUCUACUCAUCUCAUCUGCGUUUUGUACUUUCUUGACAAUAUUUGGGUCAUAAAUUCUGCUUCUCUGACGCUUUCUUUUCUGGGUUUCCUGUUCCAUUAGCUACAAUGGAAAACCUGCAACAAACGCCUGAAAGGGACCCAAUGCAAUCUGAGGCCACCUUGUUCGAUUGCUCUAAUAAACCACCUCAGAAUCAAAAUAUUGAUCCACAAUCUUUAAACUCUAGCAGUGAUUUGUGUAAAAGUAGCACCCCAGAUCGCCUCAAAGUUCCUAUGGCAUUCAAGUACUCUGAAAGGUAUAGAAGCCCAACUGACCUUAUGGUGUCACCAAUUACAAAAGGCCUUCUUGCAAGAAACAGAAAGGGUGGUGGCGGUGCAGCUGCCCUCUUGCCCCCGAGCACGAAUCAGCCCAAGGUUCAAGAAGUAAGCUCAGAAUCUGGUCUCUUCCCAGAAUGAAAUAUUGCGUAGUAUAUUGGUUUAUAUAUCUCAAUAGUCAGAUGGGUUCUUGAUCUUAUAGUUGUAGAAGUUCUCUGUAGUUGUUUUUAGUUAAUUACAAGAAAAAAUUUGUCUAAGAUGUAUUCAUAUAUUGAAAUUUGAUAUUCUCUAAUUACUUG